CAGAAAACAAAGUGAAAGGAUGUUGGAAAUUAAUGAAUUGACUGCACUUUUGGAAUAUUAUCAUGACAUUCCCGAGAAGGUUUUGCUGUUUGAGUCAUCACUUGUAAAGAAGGAAUGUAAGAAUCGAGAGGAAUAGUCAGCACUGCUAAUUAUGGAUUAUAAUUUGAAACUUUUUAUGAAUUUCUGUGAAAUGAAUUAAUAAAACUAAAUUAUUUAGCAAUAAUAAACAUCCUAGCUUAUUUAUGUCGCAUAGCAACUACCUUGAAAUUCUAAUACGUAAAAAUGGCAUUCCUCUAAAAUGUUUCGUUAUCAUCCAAAUUCACAUUUUAUUCAGCUUUACAAGCAGUUGUCAGACACAAUUGAGUCUGACAAUCAAUAUUGCCUAAAAACUGAAGAUGGAACUGACAUCAGAAAACUUUAUUUCAAAAUCCAUCAGCGUUCCUUAAAUAUUGAUAAACUCAAUCACAUUUUACAUGCUUUCGGUGAAAUUGAGGACAUGAAGAUUAACAUUAGCCCAGGAAAAGUGAGGAUGAAGAAUCGUGGCUUUGUAACAUACAAAACAUGCUGUGACGCAACAAAAGCACUUUUGAGUCGAAAGAACUUUGAUGAAUACUUCAAACUUAAUGCUGCUGACACUUGGCUCCAACCAGACUAUGUUGGACAUCCACAAAUCAUCAAUGUCAAUGCAAAAAUUAGUAAUAGUGAAUCAGAAUUAUUAUCGAUCCUCGAUGAUGAUUGCUUGUUGCACGUCAUAUCCUUCCUAGAACCAAACGAUGUUUUUAUGUUGAAAAAAGUUUGUAGCAAGUUUCAUGACCUUGCUGACUAUUAUUUUCGCACUUUAAAAACUUUAAGGCUCACUGUGACUGGAUUGAAGCGAAUGACUUUGCUGGAAGUGAAAUUAAUUUGUGAAAGAGUCUGUAAUGUUACUCGAUUGUCAAUUGACAGCGAAAAGUUUAAUAAUCAAAGGAUAUUAAGCUUAAUACCCAGAUAUUUUCCGAAUCUUAAGCAUUUAAAAGUUGUUGGAUUCAGGCUAAAUAGCAAGGAGUUUUGGUGUCAAAUGAAGAAGAUUUUGUUAAGUUUGGAGUCACUGGAUCUGAGUGACAAUAGCUCAAUACAUGAAAGCUUUAUGAAUUGCUACAAAAAGUCUAAAAUUAUAAAUUUAAAGUCAUUGAAUGUCUCAAAUAGCAACGUGAUUGGAGAUUUUCUUGAAAAUGUUCUUUUCCUCAGCAAGCUAGACAUUUCUGGAUGUAGAAAUGUUAAUGGACGGCAUCUUAUUCCUUACACUAAAGGCAAUAAAAACCUCUUGUCACUAAACAUUGGAAGAUGUCCAAACAUUUAUGGAUGCGAAAUAAACGAAAUGCUUAUUAAUGCACUGCAAUUGAAGUCCUUGACAAUAAAUAAUUAUUAUUUGGAUGAAGACAUGUCGAAGACUGUUAUCCCUAACAUUAAUAGUAUGAUCAAUUUAAAGGAACUGUCUAUCCACAACCUUAAUUAUCCACCAUGUGACCAGCUUUUAAAAACCAUAAACUUGAGCAAUUCCAUUGAAAUUUUAGACAUAUCUUAUGGGAACUUGACAUUAACAACUAUCUAUGCAAUCAGCACAAUGAAGAAAUUAAGGAAGUUGAUCAUGAACUUUAAAACUGCAGUUUCUGAUGACUUGAUAGACUAUCUUGUGGAUUUAGAGCAUCUUGAAGAAAUUCACAUUGCUGGAUGUUCUCACCUUUCUGCUGAAAAUGUUUUAAGGCUGUUCAACAUCAAAUCCUUAAAGUUCCUUGACAUUUCAUGCUGUUAUGGCUUCACAAAUGAUUUUAUCUUCCAAGCUGCAACUUUAAUAAUUGAAACUAUGCCUAGACAACGUGUGAUCAUUAAUGUUGGACUUACAGAGAUAGAUCAGACAGCUAUUCAGCAUGCUGUUUAUGAGAAUAUUAAGAGGUACAUCUACUUGUCAUUGAAAACAGCUAAGAACACUGAGCAUGACUAUGAUAUUGAUGAAGAAAGCAACAAAUCCGAAACUAUGCAGUAUAAUCUAGAUGGUAAGAAGCUAAAGUGAUCUGAAAAAUAAUUUACUUCCAUUUUUUUCCAGAUAUAAUAAAAGUUUUAACCGCAGUCAUCAAAAACUAGAGAAUUAAAUCAAUAAAAAUAAUUUAAGGCCAGAAUGGUCUGUACAACUUGGUUUAUUGAUACUUAAAUAAAGUUUAAUGAGAUAAUGACGAUGUGUAUUUAGUAACAGCUUUAGUUCCUUCCGAAAUUGCGUGUUUAGCUAGUUCUCCUGGCAAUAAUAAGCGAACACUUGACUGGAUCUCGCGACUUGUUAAUGUUUGACGAUGGACCAUUUUUGUCAAACGGGAAGCUUCACUAGCAAUUUUUUCAAAAUUAUCAUUCAAGAAGCCAGUCAUGAUAAUCAUUGCUUUCGACGAAAUUCCAGCAUCUGGAUGAAUUUGCUUCAAAAUUUUGUAGAUGAAUCGUCCAUAAGAUUCUUUGUUUUUGCGUUUACGAACCUUUUCCUUCUUCUCGGUAUUUUUGACAGUACUUGCUGGUUUUACAUCCCGGUUUUUUGGAGUUUUCUUGGAUUUUGCCAUUUUUAUCACGAUGUGAACAGUCUGAUCUCAAAAACCCGAAUGACAAUUCGUCAAAAUGUGCACACAUUUUAUAGGAAAAAAUUCAAGAUGGCGCACAAUUACAACAAUAAUAAUAAAAAUGGUGGAUGACAACAAAAGCAAAUAGUCAUCAUUAGAAAAACAGCUACCGGAUGUAAUAUAGUGUAGACAUCUCAGCCUUUACGAUAAAAAUUAAGCUUAUAGUUAUGGCUAUUGAUAUGUGAUAUCACAACUAUAUUUAAUUAACAAACAGUAAUGCUUUCAAUAUGAUGAUUAAUCUCAUUAUAAUGAUGAUUCAAAAAUAAGAGAGCAGUCUGGAGUUUGUUGAUAAUAUCCUAGAAGUGAAACUAGUUGCUCCUUCUCCAGCUUCUCCCAAUUUUGUUUGUUUCUAUUCAAAACUUGAUAAUUCCUGUAAAUAUGUAUUAUAGCUUUUAUUAAUCCACAGAAACAAAGCAACAUCCUGCAACUCACAAUUUUAUAAAUUUUGCACAAUAAUCCAACAAAUCCUUAAUGCCAUAAAAAUCAGCGAGGUUGUAAAAAUCCAUAACAUUUUCAAUUGAAGCAUUUUGGAUCAUAGAUGCACCACAAAGGUCCUUUAAGCCAUACUUUUCAGCUCCAUAAAUAAAUCUAAUCUCCUUAAUAGAUAAUAGUUUAUUGAAUUCCUUUAUAAUUAUUCUAUGGAAUCAUCAAGCCAUAUAAGCAGACCUGUAAAAUUAGGAAAAGUUGAGCAAGUAACAGUUUAUCAAGCUUCUAGAAUAGUUUUGACAAAACUAUGAAGGCAUUCAAAUAAUAAAGUCAACAUUUCAAAUUACUUUUGUUAAGCUUUUUAUUCCUCAAUUGUAUCAAAUAAAAAUAUUUUGUUAAUUAAUGUAAAUUUAUAAUGUUCUAGUUCCAGUUGGUUUAACCACCAAAUCCAUACAAUGUUCGUCCUUGUCGUUUAAGUGCAUAAACUACGUCCAUAGCUGUUACUGUCUUUCGUUUAGCAUGUUCGGUAUAAGUCACAGAAUCACGAAUGACAUUUUCUAAAAAGAUCUUCAAUACUCCACGUACUUCCUCAUAAAUUAAUCCUGAUAUACGUUUAACUCCACCACGUCUUGCUAAUCGACGAAUUGCAGGCUUUGUUAUUCCUUGAAUGUUAUCACGUAGAACCUUACGAUGUCGCUUAGCUCCUCCCUUUCCUAGUCCUUUUCCUCCUUUGCCUCGUCCAGUCAUGAUUUUAACUAUUUUACUUUAUUAUUUCAGAUGAGAUGUUUACUGUCUGAAGUCCGAAAACUGAAUGAUAAGUUGUGCAGAAGCGUCGGUUCUUUUAUACAGAACUUUUGUAAUGGUGUUGCAAUAAAAGGAGCCAAGAUACUCGAUGUUGGAAGAACCAAUCUAAAAUUGCAGAUUCAUAUUGAACAAUAAAAUUCUUUGUAUGUAUUAGUGCUGAAUGAUUUGAACAAUAGAAAAUAAAGAAGCAAUAUUAAGCUUCACUUAGUUAUUA